AUGGACACUCUAACACUGUAUACCUUACUGUUUAUAUGUAUCACACAAACAUAUACAUCAGCAAUUGUACAGUAUAGUAGUCAUAUCGUAAAAUUUCCAUUAAAUUACAUCAACCUAGCCACUAAUCAUUUGGAUUCUUCUGUAAUCUUUCCUACCAAAACAUAUUCUAGCCAGACUAAUGAUAUAACAAUGGAAAUAAGAUUCGGUGUAGGAGGAAAUGAAGCAAAGUUAUGGUCAAAAGAUUUAUGUGAUGUAUAUAGCAAAUAUUUGAAGACCAAAAAUUUACAUACGCAAUUGACAGAGUUUGGACACAAAUACUUGCUUAACAUAUCAACAAAAUCUGGAAUGAAAUCCAAUUUUGAUAUGAUUGCACUAUUUAACAGUUUGAGUUGGGAAGCAGGUGUACAUCAGGUUAAACGGGUUCCACUAACUGAGAAAAGGGGACGUCUUCACUCUUCAACGGCAUCAAUCGCAGUAUUACCUUCAAAUAUAAGUUUGGGCGGUAGAGAUACGAAUUAUGAAACAAUUAUUAAUGACAUAAACAUCAACCCAAAGGACAUACAAUGGAACACUUGCCGAUCAUCAGGUCCGGGAGGUCAAAAUGUAAACAAAGUUGAAACUUCCGUUGAGCUUGUACACUUACCCAGUGGUAUAAAAGUAGAAUGUUCCGAAACAAGAUCACAGGGAGAUAAUAAGAAACGGGCAAUUGAAAAGUUGAGAGAGAAGUUGGCCAGGAUUAAACUAGAAGAAUCAUUGGAUACAGCUAAAAGUAUUAGGAAUUCACAAAUUCAAAGGUCACUAAGGUGUGAAAAGAUAAGAACAUAUUACUUCAACACUAAUAGAAUUAUUGACAAUCGUUGUAAUUGCCAUUUCAACUUAAAUUCAUUCAAAAUGGCAAGGAUAGAUGAUCUUAGAUGUGAACAUGCUGAAUCACAUCUAAAUUUAAUGGAUAUGUAA